UAUGCCAAAUCCGAUCAAAUCGGCUGUGCAAGACUACGUGACUUCAACUAUUACACACAAAUUUCUUGGUUCAAACUCGUCAAAUCGUUCAGGACAACAACAACAACCUUCAAAUAAUCAACAUAACUUUCCCGGUCCUGUUGGAGAUAUUUUUGGGAAAAUAACUACAACAAUUGGUAACAAGUUAAACUCUGCUAGUGGUAACACUCAUCAACAGCAGCAGCAAAUGUACGGAAACAAUAGCGGUUAUCCUCCUCAGCAACCUACUAAUCCCGGCGGUUAUUAUCAGCCAUAUGACAAAGGAGGACCGCAACAACCUCAAUAUCCAUCUCAAUAUCCAUCGCAACCUCCAGUUGGAGGCGGAAAUGCCAGUGGUUAUGGUUAUGAACAACAGUCUUGUUAUCCUCCAUCAUCAACGCAUCAAUCGCCUUAUUCAUCAGGCAAUUUUUCAUAUCCUCCACCAAGCAAUAUGUAUAAUGCUAAUUCUGCUCCUCCUCCACCUAUUGGUUUCAACCUCGGUGGGUCAAGUGCUGCUCCACCUUAUCCACAACAGUCUGCUUACAACCAACCAGCUGGGCAGUAUGCUCCUUAUCCACCAGCUUCUGGACAAUAUGGGGAUUCGGCACCAUAUCCUGGUGGUGGCGGAUUUGGGGCACAACAACCACAGCAACAAUAUUUUGGAAGCGGCUAUCCCAACCAGCCAUCAAAAAUGUCUGGACCAGCUCCUUAUGGUAGUGAUCCUUUUGCAAUGGCUACACCAAGUAUUCGACCAAAUCCAAACUUCAACUCGCAACAGACGGCAGAGUUACUACGCAAAGCUAUGAAGGGUUUUGGAUGUGAUAAGGGCAAAAUUAUUCAAGCAAUUGUUAAUUGUAGUAAUGUACAAAGACAGGAGUUUUCUCUUUCCUUUAAACAAAUGUACGGAAAGGAUUUGAUAAAAGAAUUGAAAAGUGAACUUUCUGGCGAUUUUGAAGACCUCAUAAUGGCGUUAAUGAGUCAUCCAGCUUAUUAUGAUGCCGCUCAGUUAAGGAGGGCUAUGGAGGGCUUUGGCACAAAAGAGCAUAUCCUGAUUGAGAUAAUGACUACACGUACUAACGCACAAAUUAUACAACUUCGCUCUGCCUAUGCGCAACUUUAUUGUAGUGAUUUAGAACGUGAUAUGAUUGGAGAAACUUCUGGUUACUUUAAGCGUAUGCUUGUUGCUUUGUGUACUGGUGCUCGUGAUGAAUCCAUGAUUACUGAUCCUUUAAGGGCAAAUCAGGAUGCCAAUAAACUUUAUCGUGCUGGUGAAGCUCGCCUUGGAACGGACGAGUCUGCAUUUAUUGCCAUUCUUUCCGCACAGAAUUACAAUCAAUUACGUCUGAUAUUUAAUGAAUAUCAAAAAGUAAGCGGUCAUCCGAUUGAACAAGCCAUUACCGCUGAAUUUAGUGGUGAUAUACGCGAUGGACUGUUAGCAAUUAUUAAAAGUAUUAAAAACCGUCCUGCCUAUUUUGCUGAGUUGCUCUAUAAUUCAAUGAAAGGAUUUGGAACUAGAGAUACUGAUUUGAUUCGUCUAGUUGUUACUCGCUCUGAGAUAGACAUGGCUGAUAUUCGUUCAGCAUAUCAACAACUUUAUAGUACAUCAUUGGAACAAGCUAUUGCAUCUGACUGUUCGGGGGCUUACAAAGAUGGACUUAUUGCUAUUGUUAAAGGCUUCUACCACUGA